AUGAUGCUGAUCCCUUUAGUGUCGAACCUCAACCGCAAACUUCUACCAGAUACACCAGGUGGACUCAAGGAUAACAAUCUCUCAGAACAGAUCAUGAUACUACAGUCUCCACUGAAGCCUGCAAUACCCAUCGGAUCUCUACAAGGAAUAGAUGACGGCACCAUACUCGUCCUCAAACAUUUCUCCACCGACCUAUGCGCGGACGCUAUUCGUCGCUUGUACCAUAUCUUGCCCGACUUACACUUUUCAUCUCAGCUAUCAGACUCGCCAGUACAAGACGAUACUGUUGGAGACACUGGAGCCGAGAUCGUGUGCGCCUGGUUCAGGAUAAUGAUACUCAACGACAGCGAAGCCGAUGCCCUAGAGCGCGCAACAAGGUGUAGAAGCAUAGGCGAGUACCUAUCCGGUUGUCAAGCGAGCCAACUGGAAACGUAUUGCGACUUCUUCGAGAAAGCCUGGAGACCACACGCUGUGCAAUAUCUCCGGGUGGCGAUCUGCGCACAAACGCUUGCUGGCGGCGACAUCAAAACCGUUCGACUACUUAGUGGAGACGUGCCUAGCACUAGUGAAGGUCUUCGAAUGACCAAGCCAUGCUGGGAUAUACUGCAUCGCUGGUUCCCAACCUUGCUCACCCCUUGGACUGUCGCAAGCAUAUGUUCCAACUUCGAAGACUACACUACGCUCUGCAAGUUGCUCAUGCUCGGGCUAUAUCGCGACAACUGGUACAACCCGUCGGGUAUCUUGAGCGAGUGUGCGACUGGCAUCUACUUCGGCUUCAUCCCCACGAGUAAAGGAGAAUUCAGCAAGGCAACCAAGACUAUCGAGAAGGACCAUGGUCUGGUACAGACUCAAGCACGGAAUUACCUGUGCGGCCAAAUGGCCAUCGGCGAUCCGAUGACUCAAUACUUCCUGGAUGAGCUACGCAGGCGGACAGAGAGACUGUACCUAGUGGUCUACGAAGGCACCAACGUUGAUGCUACGGUCCAUCCCACGGAAGCUGACUUGUUCAUAAAGCGCACGCGCUCCGUACAAGACCUUACGCAAGACCCUGAAGCAGACUGGACUACCACGAUCACGCUGGAAGACAUCAAGAACGACAUUCGGUUACGCAAAACGUCCAUGUACGACCCAAUCGUCGUUGACUCGUGGCAGUUCAUCAUCAUCGAUCGCGAGGUUGGAAUGCCAUUCGAUCUGAUCGACAUCGUUCAAGACACACUGCUUAUGCUCGCUGGUGACCCUUCCCCUCGAAGGAUAGCAAAACGAGUCGUGUCGGAAGUCAUACCCCCAUCCGUACAAGAGAUGUUCAUGGAAGAGAUGUCCAUUGAGUGCUCGGCUGACAUGCGCUUCCCUGCACCGCCCGAAGUUCAGUACGAAGGUCAUCGGUACCGCCACUACUCGCCGGACAGGAACGCUAUACUUACGUACCAGAAGAGAACAGCAACUGAAAUCCGUUCCCGGGAUUCCAACCGCUUCAUCCGAAGAGUCGUCGACGACAUGGAACGUUGCGGUAUCGUUAGCCUCGUUCAAGAGUACGAAGAGCCUCAAACCCGUCCCAUCAUCAUGCAAGGCUCUGACGGCGCUCUUGAUCUAUACUUCCCUUACGACCACAGCGACAAGACCACCAUGAUACCCGAGCUUCCUCUACCCACCCCAAACUGCUUGCUUGACUUCGCCCGAGCCUUCAAACAGCAGAAUCCCGAUGGCAUCAUGGCGAAAGGCUCAAUCCAGACGCACUACUGCGCAUGGCCCAUGCCUUUCAUCAAGAGUCUCGGUAACAUCGGACUAACUUUCGCUACCUGGGAAGGCCACAUCUACCGCUGGAAUGCGAUGCCGGACCGGGCGGAUGCAGAAGAUCAGGCGGCAAUGUUGUUGGAAGAGACUGAAGACCGUGGCUGGCGUGUCGUGCUUCCUCGUUCUAGCGAGUGGAAGUCGGAUAUCGACGAACUGAAAUUGAACACGCUGUAUGAGGGAGUCAAGCCGGCCUAG